GCUUAGCCCCGGCCAUUGCGUAUAUCGGUGCGAUUGUCGCGGAGGGCCGCCGCUGCUGCUGAUACUACUACUGUUCAUAUGGCAGCACGAGCCGUCUGCUCGAGAGGCGAGAAACAGGCAAACAAAGGCCGUUGCUUGUCGACGGAAUGGUCGAUUAAGGAGAACGGCAACAUAGCCAGCAGUUGGGCUAGCAGCCGUCGCCGGAGCCGUCGCUGCCGCAGCGGCAGCAAAGGAACGAGUGAAUGAUCAAGAAUCAACAGCAGCAGCAGCAAACGAACCAGCAAAACACCUCAUGUAACAGUAGUAAAUAGCUGACAGGGUAUAACAACCCGAACUAGGCAGCGACCGAAAACGUUUCCUUGUCGUGUCGCGAACGGCUCCUGGAUUCGAGCGAGGCACAAAGGUGAAAAACUUGUGAAUAAUUCGCUGCUACCGCCGGGGUUCCCUGAAAUCUUCUGUGAGGAUGCGAGUCAGUAGCGGGUGCCAGCUACGUUCUACAUUUGCACGAUCCGCAGUUGUUCACUGUACAUAUACAGCGAGCAGCAGGUUUUUCAUUGUCGCCGGAGUUGGCUACCGAUUUGCAUUACAAACGCCACUGCAACGGAAGUAAUCAAAAGUGAGCAUCGCAAUCAACGGGCGACAGCAGCAAUUACGCAGUCGUUGGGGGUUCGGGUGGCAGGGCGACAUCGUGCGCACGGAGCCGCUAGCCGUUGGUUGAGUCUUUUUUAACGACGUUGUAGCGAACAACUACCCCUGGCUGAGCCCAACUAUGCUAUCGACGUUCAAUCUGCAGACCUACGCCCCGUUAACGUUUACGGCUUGUUGUGGUUGUAACGCUGUGGUACAGUACCGUGUUGCGAAGUGUGAUAUUUAACAAAACGUCGAUCGAAAGCACGACAAAAAAGCGAAUUUUUACAGAGGAACGAAACGUGUUUGCUGCUUGUGUCUCGUAUAUUCUACCAUAUUCUAUUGUUUAUGUAUGCGCGUCAGUACGUAAGAAUACGUGAGGGGCCUUCCCGUACGCUGAGCGCUGUUAGCCUGUGCAUGUUCGAGUUCCUAUUCCACGAAAAGCGGAUGGCAGGACUACCCUGUUAUUCAGUGGAGGCCUGGAUAUGUAGUGGAUAUUGUUUAUGAUUGUCUUAGAACGGAGUUACGGAGGUGCCGGAAAUAGGUGUUAUUUGUUCGUUGUCUUCUGGAAUCAAUGUGUGAGUGUGCUUCGACGCUAGUGACCGUAGCAGAGGUUUACUCGAAAUGUGUGCUGAUGUAUGCAUGCUAUUUCAUCGGAGUGACACAACUAUCGUGGUGUCCGACGGCGGGAGUCAGACAAAGCAGGCUUGAUAGCACCAACGGUCGACGGGAAUAACGAGCCUGAAAACAACAACAACAACAGCACCAACGGAACUACUCGCCUUAUCAACGGGCCAUAGACACUGAUGUUGUUGUUGUUCCCGCCUAUCCUAUGAAUUUAUUCUAACCCGACAGCUGUGCAAAGUGAUCGCAACAUGUCGUUCUUUUCGAAUAUCAAAAAGAUUUUCUCGUUAAACACAAACUCAACAGCAGUUGCCCAGGAUGCGAAGCGGCGAAAGCUGAGUCACAACAUCCGUUAUGAAACGAAUCCUCUCGAAUUCUGGGAACUCAUCGGUGAAUUGGGUGAUGGGGCCUUCGGAAAAGUGCACAAGGCCAAGCACAAAGAGACGGGCGUGCUUGCGGCCGCUAAAGUCUGCAAGCUUGAUUCGGACGAGGAUCUCGAGGAUUUCACGGUAGAAGUUGACAUCUUGUCAGAAUGCCGACAUGCCAACAUUGUCGAACUCAAGGAGGCGUUCUUGCACGAUCAAGAAUUAUGGUUAUUCCUCGAAUAUUGCGAGGGAGGAGCUCUCGACUCGAUCAUGGUCGAUCUUGAGCGGCCGCUAACUGAGCCACAGAUACGUUACGUUUGUCGAGAAAUGCUUAAGGCCCUUUCCUAUCUACAUUCGCAUCGCGUCAUUCACCGAGAUGUAAAGGCUGGAAAUGUCCUUCUGACACUCGAAGGCGAGGUGAAGAUGGCCGACUUCGGCGUGUCGGCCAAGAACAAGUUUACACUUCAAAAACGGGACUCGUUUAUAGGCACGCCGUACUGGAUGGCCCCCGAAGUUGUCGUAUGCGAAACCUUCAAGGACCAGCCGUACGAUUACAAAGCCGAUAUUUGGAGUCUUGGCAUUACGCUAAUCGAACUUGCGCAGAUGGGCCCUCCGCACAAUGACCUUGCGCCCAUGAAGGUUCUGCUCAAGAUCCAGAAGAAUGAUCCGCCAAAACUGGAUAUGCCUCACAGGUGGAGCAAAGACUUCAGUGAGUUCCUGCGGAAAUGCCUCAUCAAGGACCCCAUUCAACGGCCAACAGCCGAUCAACUCCUCGGAGACAAGUUUGUCAACGAGUUAAUCAUUGAUCGCAAGCCAAUUUGUGACCUCAUAGCUGAAUACAAGGCUGACGUCACCGUUGAAGAAGUGGAGGAGGAAGAUUAUCGAGCGUCGGUGGUAGAGUCGAAUGGGGAAACGAGCUCCCAGAUGUCAUGUGAAGACGACGGCACGUUGAAGGCUGGCACAGGAACGGGCAGUACUCCAUCGACCCCUCAGGACGACAAACAGCUCGCGUUGCUUACGCCGCCGAGUUCGUCAACACCGGAGGAGUUGCCCACUCCACUGCCACCCCACCGUCAGGGCGAAUCUCCACCGAGAACUGCUAAUCUCGGUUCUGGCCAGCGUGUAAAGGACCUCGUUAGCCCAACAAAGAAAAAGCCCGCACCCCCGCCACCCGGAGCAGUUAAACAUGUCAGUCCUGUCCGGGAGAGUGGCAAUAGGGAGAUUUCUACUAGGAAAAACACAUCGCCCGGUCCGCCGUCUCUGUCCCCAACCGAUUCCGGCGGGAAACCGACUUUCAAAAAACCUGCACCAAAACCCCCGACAAUAACUAGUGGGGCAAUUGCCGAAGAGAAAUUGAAAUCGGCAGUUUUGAAAUCGGCCGAAGAGGUUAUACUUCAGGAAUCUGGCGAUAGACAUCAGCCGCAGGUUAUUGCAGAUACUCUGGAAAGAAGGCUGAGAGCUUCAGACGUUCCUACGGGUAAGGUUACACCCGACAUUGAGGAGAAGGCAUCUAAAUUUGAAGAGUUCCGUCCCCAAACGCCCGAUCUUAGCAAAACAUUAGAGGAUGAAGAGUUAGAAAAUGUAGGUGGAUCAGCCGAGCACGAACCGCGAACGGAAAGUGUCAAAGCCAAGACUUCAGAAUAUCAGGUACUGAACAGCAUCAACAACCAGGAGACCGCUGAUGAAACUGAUAGGGUCCUAGUGACCAAAAGAGACGAGCGGCCCGCUGUAUCUUUGGAGGACCUCAAGCAGAUGAUUGCGGAGAAGAAGAGGAGUUACUUUGACGGCAGCAGCGAUAGCAAUUACAUCUCAUCGUACUCUAUCCCGACUCCAGAUCAGUCCGAUGAAAGUCCCUCAGAGGACAGCGACUCCGGCUGCGUCGUUCCGAAACCACCCCCACCUAUCCUACCCGAGCAGGUCGGAAAACGAGGCACGCCAGUGUCGACUCUGUUAGGCUCCGCUAACCAGGCCGCAUCGCAAGGAUGCAACAACUCCGCCUAUCCUACUUUAGAACAGGAGGCGAUCAGGGGUAGUGUAAUAGGUGGUGAGGUUGUUGUUGUUUCAUCAGUACCGGCUUCGGUUCCACCUUCGGUGCCACCAACGGCUGAUAGGGCCAGCCGUUCUGUGAUGACAGCUCAUGGACCAACCCCAUCCGCCGAUUACGAUAACGGCACAUUGCAAGAUCAUGUAAGUGUCAUAUCGGUGGGUGGUGAAGGAGCCGUUGUGAAAGAUUCCAGCUGCAGAAUAGGAGGACCAGUUAACGGUAACGACUUGAAUAAUAGCAGCGCGAAUCAGAGCGGUGGAGUCAAUGGAGUGAUUGUUUUGAGGACUAGGACAAGGUCGCUGUCAGAGAGCGAGCAGGAGGCCGCUCUUAGGCGGCCGUCAUCGAGCUGGAAAAGCACUGAAGUCCUACCGUCUUCAAUUGGUUGUACGCGUGAUCGUGGAAAUGAACAUGAGGUGCCAAUUAGCGUAAAGCUGCAAAAAGGAGGCUCACCCCUAGGAAGAACCUCUAACUCAGCCAGUCCUAUUACAGAACACGUUCCGAUGCGGGAUUCUACAAAUCAACGCAGGAGACUCAGUCCCUCGCGCAGCAGUGAACCGAAGAAAAUUCCUGAGGACGCGUUGCGGGCCGUUUCGGCUCCAGCCGUACCUCGCGAUAGCGGGGACCGCGAAAAACGUGACGCAUUACAGCGAGCAACGGCCACAGCCGAAAAGGUCGACCGGCUACCAUCAGCUACCGUUGUUGAACAGGAGAAUCGUGUUAAUGGUCAACCUCCGCAGCAGCAACCGUUACAGUCGGGUGCCCCACCCGUUGCCGCGGCCAAGAAGCGGCAGGAGGAGCGCCAGCAACGUCCCGCUAUACAUAAUACUAGGCAAAAAACGCUUAAGAAAACACGCCGUUUCGUUAUUGAUGGUAAAGAAGUGACGCGCACAACAGAAAAGGUGAUCAUCGGGGACAAGGACACAAAGGACUACCACGAGGAGAGAAAGCAGGAGCUCCGAGAGCUCAAGCUAUUACAGAAAAUCGAGAACAAACAGUUUACAGACCUCGACACUAGGGAGCAGCAGGCUCUGGACCAGCAGAACAAGAAGUUUGAGCACGAACUCGCCAUGCUCAAGCGCAACUACGAGACGGACCUUGACGCAUUGACGCGCACACAAAAACAACGCAUCGAGAAAAUGGAACAGUCGCACGACGUCGAGGUGCGGGUGGCAUCAAAACGCAUCCGGGCGGAACAGGAAAAAGAACUUAAGGCCUUCAGGGAAGGACUCAAGAAUGAGCUCAAGAACCUGCGCAGUGAAAUCGAGUCGUCCUUCGCUAGAGACCAGAGAAAGACGGUGCUAAAAGAACGUACCGAUCGAUUAACCGCCGAUCAUGUUCAGCGGGAGGAACAAUACAUACGACAGCUCAACGAAGGCCAUGAUGAGGCCAUUCGAGUUCUGGCCGAAAACCACCGGAAGGAGGUGGCCCAAACUGAGAUGCAAUUUUUGCUACAUCGACAACAAUUAGCGCGUCAGAAGGAGAGUCAGCAAUGGGAGCUUGAGGAACGCCAACAACAAGAUCGUUUCCAGUUGGCCAAGGGACAGCUUCACGACUGCUUCCGGUUACAAAAGCAUCAGAUGGUUGUUCGGCAUGAAAAGGAAAUGCAACAAGCAAAGAGAAUGAGCGACCGGCGAGAAGAAGAUCUCGAGAAGGCGCACGCCGUGGAGCGGCGUCAAUGGCCGAAACAUAUGCGACAAGAAAUGAAGGUUCGCGAGCAGAUGUUUAAGGAGAGUUUACGGAUCGGAGGAGGGGAUGGUCAGGCCGAAGAUCGGGAACGUCUACGAUCAUUCCAAGAAACCGAGAAAAAGAGCUGUUCGAAUCUGGCAUUGAAGCAUAUGCUGCAGCUGAAGCUUAGAUACAAAACCGAACUCGCUCGCCUUCAGACAAAGCAACGUCGGCAAAUGGAGGAACUGAAGGCAGCGUCCUCGGCUGCCGAACGUGAACUCAAGCAAAUCCACGACGAGAAACGUGCUCUGCUACUUCAACAUGAAUCACAAAAAGACCGGGAAUUGGAAGAGAAGCAUCAAUCGAAGAUUAAGGAGUGGCGGGUAGAACUCAAGAGGCGACAGGAGAUCCUCGACGAUGAUUUCCAGAGACAAAUUCGUGACCAUGAUCGGUUCUAUGCGGCCGAGUAAAUUCUCCAUUUACUACAAACGUACUGUAUAUCGCAUUACGUAUUGGUUGAUGGCCAGACAGCGCCAUCUCCAUGGCGCUACAACACUGAUUACCAUUUGACGCAAGUAUCUGGAAACGUUGAUGCAUUCUAAGGCCAAGUCUGUGGCCAUACAGAUGCGUGUUGUUACUGGUUUUUCAGUUACACUGUUACCUGUCUAUUGAAUCCUAACGAACGAAUGGCUACUAAAUGCAAUGAAUUGCGUCAAUUAACCAAAAACCACUGAAUGCGAUAUUCCGUUGCCACAAUGUAUUGGCAGCUUAGUCAUUAGCCAGAUUGCAUUGCGGCAAAGACGUGCUGAUAGCCGAGGGGAAUAAUGUGGCACUGUAUAGAAGAUUGAUAAAAGAUUAGAGGUAAAUGUAAAAGGAUUUACAAUAUCGCUGGCCAUAACACAACAAUUCCAUCGCUUGUUGAUUCUACCUUCAAGGUCUUCCUCGUCGAACACACGUGUGCUACGUCUGCCCUCUCUGUCUCGAGGGGUCCGAAUUUACAAGUGCCUUUCUUCCGGUUGUUUGCGGGUUGGGUAGCCAAUGAUGCCACACGGUCACUUACGCAGAUAUAGAUUUAUCUAAUCAUCGGUUGUAGAUUCGUAACAGAAUAUCGUAGAAGGUUCGCUUAUUGGUCUAUUAUGAUCUAGCAACGCUGUGACGGUAGGAUACGACAGCUUUUCCCCGAUCAGAUCAAUUAGAUCGAGAAUCAGAUUAGCUGAAAGACGACUUAAGCGUUAAUACAGCUUAACUGACUGAUUUCUUGACAAAUCGACAUGAUCCCAUGACGAAAAGUAGCUACUACCGACAUCGUUUUAUAGUUUAUCUGAACGUGCUUUUUUACAGCUACCUCUCAGAGUACCUCGUUAUCUAUUCAACCUGUCGUUCGCUCGAGCCGAUAGAAUCGACGCUUCUCAUCGUAACCGAAACCUCAGCGUAGUUUUAGCCGGGGUCGUUGGAUUACUGAGGAUGUAUUGCUGUAUUUUGGGAAUACCUGGGCAGCCGUGCCAAUUGCUCGCUUCUCGCUGAAGGACGUGUAGAGUUUUGGUUAAAAGCCGCGUGCGGUACUUCCGAAGCGAACCCUAAAUUUGUAGAAGCUUACCUUUCAAAGGUUUUCCACGAAGGAUCGAUGCUUGCGGAUAUUAUUUUUGCGCAUGACAAAUGCUGAGCUAUUUGGUAAUACGCAGUCAAGGUGAAAAUAUUUUGUCAACGUCGAUACAAUGAGAACAUUGACUCUAAUGCUUCUUCUUAUAAAUACGCAAAAAACCGAAGGUAACUGUUACUGAAAAGCCUUACUGAUCUAAAAUACAUUGAUGGGACAGUUAUACGAACGCGGUUAUACAAAGCAUAUAGAAUAGAUGAAUCCGUUUUAACAACUGGGAUGUGCUCCCGGCCGUGAACUAGUUGGUGGGGUGCACCUCGAGAAAGCUGUGCUGCCAAGCGAACGCAAGUAUCAUUCAGACAGAACGGAACGGAACGACCUGUUACAGAACCGAAACAAUGUACGGACGUAAAAAGAUAACUGUUUUCUACGCGUGCGUGCGUGCAUAUGCGGAUGCGCAUGUUUGUACAUAGACAUAAACAUCCUUAUCCGUUAGAUAAGCAAUGAUUCUAUGCAGAUUGUAGAUAGGGAAAUCUGCCAGGUCUCCUUGGUGGUAUUUAUGCGAAGCGUUAGUAUUUAUAGAUAAAAGCUAAACGAAGAAAGCUAAAUGAUAAAAGCAGUUCGAAAUGGAACCAACCAGAGCAACAAAAAUGACAACAAAAUAAAAACUUGUUUAUAACAGAUGCAAUGAUAAUGGAACAAGAAACAGUAAAAAAAAUCAUGCAGAAUUUAACCUCGCGUCGAUAUUUGUUAUAACUGUGAACAGUAGAGAGUACGCAAUGAUAACAUUUGUAACGAGCAAUACUAAAUGAAUAUAGUAAAAACGUGUAUCGCUGACAGAAACAAAAACUAUUCCAGGCUGGUUGACUGUUAAGGUUAACUAUAAUGAUAAUUUCGUUGCUAUGCAAGUACCCAUCUUCGUCGUAUACCUUCGACUCUGCAUGUAUUUAGAUGUCAUCGUAUUUUAGUAUAGGCCACAUGACUUCGGGGAAAAGUCGUGGCAAAGACACUGUUCCUAAGUACUUCGAAAUAGCAAUCACAUGUAAUCAAUACGAUAGAUUUAUGAAACCGAAUUGCGCACGUAACAAAGCUGAAGACUUAAAUUAAAAAAAAAAACAAACACACACAUUUAAUUUGACCAAAAGCAACCGAGCUGUUUAUAUUAUGUUUUUUUAAUUUGAGCGCCUAUAAGUGCCCCCCCCCCCUUAAAAUCGCUUGUACCACAAGCAACGUACGUCUUAUUUGUAAACAGCUUUGAUGGCCAGUCAAUUUAGUAAGAUAAGCUAAGGAGAUAGGAAGUAGUCAGGUCACCGAGUGUGUGUGUGUGUGUGCCAUCGAUAUGAGUGCCGUUACCAUGCAAUUACCUGACAAUCACAGUAACCAGUAUCGCCUAACAUUGUGACCACUAGAAGAACUGUACAUAAAUAUACGAGACAUAGACCCAGAUGGGCGCCCGUUACUUGUUUCCUACGCCUUACCAUGACAAGGACGGAUGGCUAAUAACAAAUGCAUGGAAUGGCUAUUUACUAACAGUAGCAAAAAAAAAAGUUAGUAGACAAUUGUCAUAGAAACGAUUUUUUUUUAAUGCAA